AUGCCGGUGGAGACCCUCCAAGCCAGCCGUGCCAUGAGCAGCGUCUCGGCCACGGCCCCCUUCACCUCCGCCAUGCCCUUCCGCAUCCUCCACAAGGGGCCCGAGUACUUCCGCCGGCCCCUGGUCAGCAACGGCGCCUCCCGGAAGCUCAGCGCGGUGGAACGCCUGGAGGCCGACAAGGCGAAGUACGUCAAGAGCCAGCAAGUGGCCACCACCAAACAGGACCCCGUCCGGCCCCUGGUGCUCAAACAGCCGCUCUUCACCCCGGGGGUGAGGCGGGCCAUGUUCACCCCCAAUCGCAAGACCCCUCAAGCGGGCCGGCGGGGAGAAGGCGGCGGGCCCAAAUCCUCUCUCAACUUGGAAAUCCUCAACAACCUGAUCAAUUUCUGCGACAGCCCCCUGGCCUUCCCCAAGCCAGAGAUGAGCCCUUCGGAGCGUCCGUGGGCCUCCGAGGUCCGUAGCCGGAAUCUGGACAGCGUCCCCUCCACCCCCAAGAAGAAGGCCACGGCUGACAUGAGUAAGCUCUCCCAAAGCUCGGCAUCCUCCAAGCCGUCAAGCACCGUUGCCGUACGCCGGGUGGACGUACGGCCCUGCGGGGUGUUGCAGAACAGAGGCACCCCGACUAUCCAACUGUCUCCGCUCCCUGCUCCACCGGCGCCCCCCAAAGUCCUGCCUGCCACCCCUCUCAGCUGCCCGAGCCCUCGGGGGGAGCCGCGGACCGAGAGUGCGAAACGUCAAACCUUGUUGCACCGUUCCAAAUCGGACCUGAGUGACCGAUAUUCCCGAGCCACGGCCGACUUGGAGCGCUUCUUCAACUAUUGUGGCUUGGAUCCCGAGGAUGUCGGAGACAUGGAGAUGGAGCGGUUCACUCGAGCCAGCUCGGAUAUUGUGUCGGUCAAGUUCCACAGCGUCAGCACCAGCAGCUCGGCCGGGACCCACUCCCGGCGCAGCACCGUCACCUUGGAGAACAGGCAGGCCGAGCGCAUGCCCUACGGGAUCUCCAUCAUCGAACGCAACGCUCGGGUGAUCAAGUGGCUUUACGGACUCCGACAGGCCAGGGAGGCCCAGAAAGUUUCCAACGUAUAG